AUGAAUUUUUCCCCUUCCAUUGGUCUCCAUAUUUUCUAUAUCUCUCUCCUUUUCUCCCGCUCUUGUGCAGAUAGCUCCUCCAAGAAGACAAAGUCUAGUUCAGAGGAGAGUAGAUCCGAGAUAUAUGGUCUUGUUCAGCGUUGUGUAAUCAUCCAGAAAGAUGACAAUGGAUUUGGGCUGACGGUCAGUGGAGACAAUCCAGUCUUCGUACAGUCUGUCAAAGAAGAUGGAGCAGCCAUGCGGGCUGGAGUACAGACAGGUGAUCGAAUCAUCAAGGUGAACGGGACUCUGGUGACUCAUUCAAACCAUUUAGAGGUGGUGAAGCUAAUCAAAUCUGGUUCCUAUGUAGCUCUCACUGUUCAGGGACGCCCACCUGGGUCGCCCCAGAUUCCACUCGCCGAUUCUGAAGUAGAGCCAUCAGUCAUUGGACAUAUGUCUCCCAUCAUGACAUCCCCUCAUUCACCUGGAGCAUCUGGAAAUAUGGAGAGAAUCACUAGUCCUGUGCUCAUGGGGGAGGAAAACAAUGUGGUUCAUAACCAGAAAGUAGAAAUUCUGAGGAAAAUGUUACAGAAAGAACAGGAACGGCUACAGUUAUUGCAGGAAGAUUACAACCGAACACCUGCCCAAAGAUUGCUAAAAGAGAUCCAAGAGGCCAAGAAACACAUUCCUCAGCUGCAAGAGCAGUUAUCCAAAGCCACAGGCUCUGCUCAGGAUGGAGCUCUAGUUAUACCCUCCAGGCCUUUAGGUGACACCCUGACAGUCAGUGAGGCAGAAGCAGAUCCUGGAGAUGGACUGGGCAGAACUGACUGUAGCAGUGGAGAUGCUUCUCGGCCCAAUAGUGACAAUGCAGAUAGUCCCAAGAGUGGCCCGAAAGAGAGGAUUUCUCUAGAUGAAAACCCCGAGAAAAGUGAAACAAUUCAGGACACUGACACUCAAUCACUUGUUGGAAGUCCCUCAACCCGUAUAGCACCUCAUAUUAUUGGAGCAGAGGAUGAUGAUUUUGGUACUGAACAUGAACAGAUCAAUGGGCAGUGCAGCUGUUUCCAGAGCAUUGAACUGCUAAAAUCUCGUCCGGCUCACUUGGCUGUUUUCUUACACCACGUAGUUUCACAGUUUGACCCUGCAACAUUGCUCUGUUAUCUCUAUUCAGACCUGUAUAAACAGACCAAUUCUAAGGAAACGCGUCGCAUCUUCCUUGAGUUUCAUCAGUUCUUCCUGGAUCGAUCUGCACACCUGAAAGUUUCUGUUCCUGAUGAAAUAUCUGUGGAUCUAGAAAAAAGACGACCUGAGCUUAUUCCUGAGGAUCUACAUCGCCACUAUAUUCAAACUAUGCAAGAAAGAGUUCACCCAGAAGUUCAGAAGCACUUGGAAGAUUUUCGGCAGAAACGUAGUAUGGGACUAACCUUGGCUGAAAGCGAGCUGACUAAACUUGAUGCAGAGCGAGAUAAGGACCGGGUGACUUUGGAGAAGGAGCGGGCAUGUGCAGAACAGAUUGUUGCCAAAAUUGAAGAAGUGUUGAUGACUGCUCAGGCUGUAGAAGAGGAUAAGAGCUCCACAAUGCAGUAUGUUAUUCUCAUGUACAUGAAGCAUUUGGGAGUGAAAGUGAAAGAACCUCGAAAUUUGGAGCACAAGCGGGGUCGGAUUGGAUUCCUUCCAAAAAUCAAGCAAAGUAUGAAGAAAGAUAGAGAGGGCGAAGAAAAAGGAAAGCGAAGAGGAUUCCCCAGCAUCCUGGGACCCCCACGGAGACCAAGCCGUCAUGACAACAGUGCAAUUGGCAGAGCCAUGGAACUACAGAAGCAGCGCCACCCUAAGCACUUAUCUACACCCUCAUCUGUGAGUCCCGAACCUCAGGAUUCUGCUAAGUUACGCCAGAGUGGGUUAGCAAAUGAAGGAACAGACAUUGGGUACCUGCCUGCCAAUUCCAUGUCCUCUGUAGCUUCAGGGGCCACUCUUUCCCAGGAAGGAGGGAAAGAGAAUGACACAGCAAUAAAAGAAAGGCAUUUAGAAAUGUUAAGAAAAACAGAAUUGUUCAAGAAAUGGUCAAGUAGAAUUCAUCAUUUAUUUCUUCAUAGGUUUGACGCCAUAGCUUUUGGAGAAAGUCAAAGUGAGGAUGAACAAUUUGAAAAUGACUUAGAGACAGAUCCACCCAAUUGGCAGCAGCUUGUUAGUAGAGAAGUGUUAUUGGGACUAAAACCUUGUGAGAUCAAAAGACAGGAAGUGAUUAAUGAAUUGUUUUACACUGAAAGAGCUCAUGUUCGAACACUGAAGGUUCUUGAUCAAGUGUUCUAUCAGCGAGUGUCCAGAGAAGGAAUUCUGUCACCUUCAGAACUACGGAAAAUUUUUUCAAACUUGGAAGAUAUUCUUCAACUUCAUAUUGGGUUGAAUGAGCAAAUGAAGGCUGUUCGAAAGAGGAAUGAGACCUCUGUUAUUGAUCAAAUUGGGGAAGAUUUGCUGACCUGGUUCAGUGGACCAGGAGAGGAGAAGUUGAAACAUGCUGCUGCUACCUUUUGCAGUAACCAACCUUUUGCCCUGGAAAUGAUCAAGUCUCGUCAGAAAAAGGAUUCUCGAUUUCAGACUUUUGUGCAAGAUGCUGAGAGUAAUCCACUGUGUCGUCGUCUUCAGCUGAAAGAUAUCAUUCCCACCCAAAUGCAAAGACUUACUAAGUACCCACUUCUACUGGAUAAUAUUGCCAAAUACACAGAAUGGCCAAUGGAAAGGGAGAAAGUGAAGAAAGCUGCAGAUCACUGUCGUCAGAUCUUAAAUUAUGUAAAUCAGGCUGUCAAGGAGGCAGAAAACAAACAGCGCUUAGAAGAUUAUCAGCGUCGUCUUGAUACCUCCAGUCUAAAGUUGUCAGAGUACCCAAAUGUUGAAGAGCUCAGGGUGAGAGAUGGUCUAAUCAUAAUUUUUAAAAUAAAGUUUACUAAAUAAAGACUGGAUUUAUACACCUUGCUCCUGGAAGACAUUCUUGUACUGUUACAAAAGCAGGAUGACAGACUGGUGUUAAGGUGUCAUAGCAAGAUUCUGGCAUCUACAGCUGAUAGCAAGCACACGUUUAGCCCUGUCAUUAAGUUGAGUACAGUGUUGGUUCGACAAGUGGCAACAGAUAACAAAGCUUUAUUCGUCAUCUCUAUGUCAGACAAUGGAGCCCAAAUUUAUGAACUGGUGGCACAGACAGUUUCUGAAAAGACUGUCUGGCAGGACCUAAUCUGUCGGAUGGCUGCAUCGGUGAAGGAGCAAUCCACAAAGCCAAUUCCAUUACCACAGUCUCCGCCCGGCGAAGGAGACAAUAAUGAGGAAGAACCUUCAAAAUUGAAAGGGGAACAUCAUGGCAUUUCAGUCACUAGUUUGCAGAGUCCAGACAGAGAUUUUGGAUUAGAAUCUCACUUAAUAUCAUCAAAACCUCCGUCUCAUUCACUGAAUACCUCUGGGAAAUCAGAGGUAGGCGAUCUGUUUGUGGCUGAGAGACAGUUUGCAAAGGAGCAGCAUGCAGAUGGGACACUAAAGGAAGUUGGAGUAAAUUAUCAAAUCACAAUCCCAGAUCCACACUUGUCUGUCUCAGAAGAACGGUGGGCAUUGGAUGCACUAAGGAAUUUGGGUUUGUUGAAGCAGUUGCUGGUUCAACAGCUAGGUUUGACUGAGAAGAACACUCAGGAAGAUUGGCAACAUUUCCCAAGAUAUAGGACAGCCUCUCAGGGGGUACAAGCAGACAGUGGAAUCCAGAACUCUGAUAAUAUUAAGGCCUAUCAUCCUGGUGAAGGACAGACGCCCUGUAGAACUGGAACUGGUGACAUUGAAGCUUGUUAUAGUCCACGGACUUCUACUGAAUCUUCUGCUCCACGGGAUUCAGUGGUACUGGCAUCCCAAGAUAGCCAGGCAAGUAACAUUUUAGUAAUGGACCACAUGAUUAUGACCCCAGAGAUGCCUACCGCAGAACCAGAAGGGGGUCUUGAUGAGAGUGGAGAGCACUUUUUUGAUGCCCGUGAAGCACAUAGUGAUGAUAAUCCAUCAGAAGGUGAUGGAGCAGUUAAAAAGGAAGAGAAGGAUGUUAAUUUACGCAUCUCAGGAAAUUAUUUGAUCCUUGAUGGCUAUGACACAGUGCAGGAGAGUUCCACAGAUGAGGAGGUUGCUUCCUCACUUACCCUGCAACCCACGACAGGCAUCCCCUCUAUGGACUCCACCCACCAGCAGCAACAUGCUCCCCAGAAUGCUCAUUCCGAUGGGGCAGUUUCACCAUUCACCCCAGAAUUCCUGGUCCAGCAGCGCUGGGGAGCUAUGGACGAUUCCUGUUUUGAGAUCCAGAGUCCCUCCUCUUACGCAGAUUCACAAAGCCAGAUCAUGGAGUAUAUUCAUAAGAUAGAGGCUGACCUUGAACACUUAAAGAAGGUGGAGGAAAAUUACACCAUUCUUUGCCAAAGGCUGGCUGGAUCAGCCCUCACAGACAAGCAUCACUCAGAUAAAAGUUAGAGCCAUGUGUGCUGGAGGUGACUGCAGGUUGUUGGAUUUUGAGCAUCGGCCUUGUCUCAUCGCAUCCUGGCUCCAGUGUGACGCAGAGAGAGUGUGUGACAGAGGAUCUGCCUGUGAACCCCCUGGGGUUAGCCAUGUCCCAAGGUGCCCAGAGCGGGACUAGUUCUUCACAGUGUGGCAGCUGCACUAGUCUGUCAGUGGGGGAACAUCCAUUCUCUCACUCUGCUCUCCUCACUAUCGGAAAUUCAUUUUGAUUCAGAACAAAAACCAAAUGUAUAGAGCUUUGGGUGUAGGAUAUGAAAUUGUACUUAGACAUAAGAAAAAGAGAAAAUCAGAUGUAUUUAUUUGACUUCAUUCCGUAUUUGAAAGCACAUUUUAAUUUUUAUUUUGCCUUGUUUUGUUUUAAUUGAGUAGUGAGAGUUUUAGCCCUUUGUAUUUAGUACACCCAAGGAUCAGUUGCUCCUAAAGCAAAGAGGUCAAGAUGGGGUAUUAGGAGGUUGGGUAGAGAGGGGAAGAAGAGGAGGAAGUGAGAAGGGGAAGGAGGAGCAUCUUGCCUUCACUAAACUAUAUUCCGUGCCCUCUGCUGUCUAGUAGGCUGCUUUUCUGAGGGUCACCUCAAAGGUAUAGUAUGCCCUGUGGCUCUUAAUGUGCAGAGGACUUGAGCUGUGUGCUGCCCAGGUGGUCAGAGAGUAGGUGGGCUUCCUCCCACCCUGAGGCAAGCACCUCUUCUCUGUAGCUGGGAUCAACCCCCAAUUAACAGGAAUCCUCAAUGUACUAAAUAGCAGGCACUUGAAAAUGGGUGUGUUUUCUUUUGUUGUUGUCUUUUCUAUUGAGGGUUGGGAUUUGGGAGGGAGAGGAAAGCAAAUUUUAUUUUCUUGACUAUAAAUUUGUUAUUCUUGGUAUUGUUUCAUUUUUAUAAUUAUACAUUAGACAUUGGCACUUGUGAAAAACUAUCCCUGCAGAUUGAGCAGGAAAUAAAAGGAAACAAAUAGAAAUGCUUCAGAUGGUGGCAGGGUUGUGGGUUGCCAAGGAAGGGCGGGAUGGGAGUGGGUAAAGAGUUCGGGAAGGUUAACUGACUGAAUCACUACUGAGUUGAACCAUGGCUGUCAUUGGCCACGGGUACUGCUGAUUACAAGGCCAGUAAAAUUUUUAGUACCUGGAGGUUUGACUCUAAAUUUUGCACUGAUGGUGCCAAAGGGCUCUGAGUCAAAAGGAGAGCCAACAGUGGAGUGGAGAAAGAUGUGGUGGAGGAGGUAGACCUGCUCACAUCAGCUCCAGAAGCACUUCCUCUGACUUCACUGCUAUAGCUCUUUCCACACUGGGCCGUGACUGACCUUAAGAAUUGCAGACCAGAACAUACACUGGAUACUGCAGGCAAGGUGUUGGUAACUGCCUGCUCUAGAACAAAUAGUAGUAUUGGCAGCACCCUGCAGAGGAUAAAUAUUUCAGAAUUGUAACUUGAGGACUCCUUCAAUUAUAUUGGCUUUCUGUGGUUUUCUUUGUGCAUUAGGUAUAUAUGUUUUGGAAUAUUUUUGCCAACUAAAAUGAAAUCUGUAAAUUCUGUUAGUAAACAAGGAGUUCAUCCAUUGCUCACAUCUUUCAGUAGUGCCCUCUGAACUCUGUGAGUUGCCAGGAUAUAAUUUUAUUCUUUCCUGCAGUCCCCCCCCAAAAAAAGAAGAUUUUUCUCACCACAAAUGGUAAAGAUUCCCGCCUGCUUUUAUAAACACCACUACAACUUAACAAGCUCAUUUAUUUAUGUCCAGAUUCCUGUUUCUGUCCUUUCAAAACUGAUGUCUGUUUUUAUCUUUGGACCUCAUAUAUAAAUUGGAAUUAUAUUUUUAGUUAUAGGCCAAGUAUAAUUUAACUCAGUGUGGGAUUAAAAAUUUUACAAGCAGAAGCUGAUAUAUAAAUGAAGCUUGGAACUUGGAACUUUCUGUAUGUAUCUCUUAGGAGGAACAAGUAGAAACCAAAUGGUUAUAUUGUGCUGCUAGAAAUGAUGUAGUCACUCCCAACUAAAAGGGUUACACCUGUAGCCACUUGACACUAACACCAUCAGGGGGCAAUUAAUCAGGAGAAAAAUAAAUAUGGUAAAACUUUCAUCUUAACUUGAGACACUACAGGGUAAUUAUAUAAUUCUCCAGCACUCAAUUAAGAAGCUUCUAGGUUAGCAAAGUUUCAGUCUCUUUUCUAGCUCAACCAGUAUCUUAUCCUUAGUAAUUAUUUGCUUUUCUUUUCCUGCUGUUUAACCUCUUUUUAGAACUGUUACAGGACUAAUUGGAAAAAUACUUUGACCAUAGCUCUAGUGCUUUCAAAUAAAUUCAUAUUUAGAUUUUCAAACAAAGCCCCAGGAUGAAGUCUAAUUCUGAAAAGAUCUCAAAAGUUUGAGUGUUCUUUUUAUCUUACCAGCCUAACUUCUGUCCUUCUCCCUCCCAACCUGGCUUCCCAUGCCGUCCAUUUCAUUUUAGCCAUUAUAAUCACAUGCAUUUGACUUUCAUGUCUUUAUCUCUCUUUCAGAAUGUUGGAAUUAGAUAUUAAUCCUGUCUUUGAGUGAGACUGGUUACCAUCAAAGUGGUUUUCUCUAAGUUACAUGACUAGAGGUUGGAAUCUACUUCCAUACUGAAGGGUAUAAGGGUGGUAUACAAAGCAACCUUCCCAGAGCAAGAAAGCUGCAUUUUUGCUGUUGAAGUGAACUGCUAUGACACUGUGCUCUCUUCGUGGGCUUAAUGGCCCCUUUGCUAUUAAGUGGCAAAUUACAUUUGGAGUGUCUCCUUCCUUUACAGAGAACAGAGUUAAUCAAGGCAAAUCAGCAAGCCCCCAAAGUGCUAUAAUUUCAAAUCAUUACUGCCUUAGAAGCCAUAUAUUUUGCAUAAUUUAAAAUCAGCUAACUUGGACUGCUUGAGUUAUGUUGGCUUUUAGAACUUAAAUUGUAACUAUUUAUUAUAUUAUAUUGCAUGGGAGGUAUAUUUCAUAAGCUUUUUUGGCUUUCUUUUCCCCAAAAUAACCUCUAAUAACUGUUAGAAAGGAUGAGUCCCCUUUUUAAAAGUUUUUUUGUUUGUUUUUUGGGGAGGAGAGGGAGUAGCUACUGUGAUAGUAGAGGAGAAAACUCCAUUUUUUCUUAUUUUUAGAAGCUAAAGAAAAUAAUUAUACUUCCUGUAAAUUGUCUUUUAUGUACAUCAUUUUUUCCUUUUUGAUGCUAGUAAAUUUGGUGUAUUACAGGAGGCGUCCAUUAUUUCAAACUGGAACCUCUCUCCUCUGCAAUUGGUAUAUGAUGUUAUUUUGAACUACUAGAGCUUUGGUCAGUAUUUCCUUUCCUGUAUGUCACAGAGGGCGACAUUGAGAACUGUGUGCAUAGGACUUCAAAAUACAAAAUUAGCAGGACCUUACAGUCAACUUCAUGCUGGCUAGUGUUUUUCCCCUAUAAUUACAAAUUUUUGUUUUAUAAAUCAUGUUUUUUCUGAUAUUUCUACCCCCUUUUCAGAGUGAUCUGCAAAAUUGUUCUUUCCUUAAGAAAAGAGUUCCUUUUGCCUGGUUCCCUAUACCUUCCCCACUGGUACUGAGGGUUUUGAUAAUAAAUUGGUAGGAAAAAAAUGUACCUCCUAGAAGGAAGCCCUCCCUGCCAUUUCCAGGUGCCAACGGCUAAGCAGAUGUACUGCAAAGAUGGUAGCUGUAAUGUGCACACUGUUGGUUAUUUUUAAUAAGCCUCUUCCUACUAGAACAUUUUAUUUUCCUUGUUCACCAUACAAUCAUGUACUCUUUAACAGAAAUUGCUUUUAAAAAAAAAUCUGGAACUAUCUUUAAAAAACUUUAUUAAUAAUCAUGUAUUUUUACUGAUCACAUUUUGAAAUGCCUAAAAGACUUUAUUGUUCUAAUUAUCCAGAUGUACCUUUGUAAAAUAGCUCUUUUAUGAAUUAGCUGAUAAGGCUGUAUGUUUCUGGAACAAAAUAUUGGUCAUUUAAAAACUUUCUGUUUUCUGGGGUCUGGGAAAAUAGAAAAUAAGAGUUCAAAUAUUAAAUAAGCUUAAAGGAACCAA